AUGGCAACUUCACGGCGCCUGCAAGAAUGGUUCCCCUGGACGGCGGCGCCAGUCGUCUGCAACGGGCCCAUGCUGGGCGUCGUCAGCCCGGCGCUCGCUACGGAGGUGACGAAGGCGGGCGGUAUAGGCUUCCUCGCCUCCGUGUUUGACCUGAGCCCGACCUCGCCGCAGCUGGACAAGCUCGACGCCGACCUGCGCGAGGCCCGUACCCUCCUAGGCGACGCCGCCGCCGCCGAUAGCCCUCUCCGCGUCGGCGUGAGCAUCAUCACAGGCCACAGCUCCGUCUCGCACUUUGAAGCCACCACGCUGUCCAUCCUAGCAAAGCAUCGUCCCGCGGCGGUGUGGCUCUUUGCGCCCGCUGAGGACACCGACCCGAACCCGCACGGGGCCAUCAUCGCGGCCGUCCGGCGGGAGCUCGACGGCGUGCGUAUCUUCGUGCAGGUGGGCAACGUGGCGGCAGCGCGGGAGGCGGCGCGCGAUGGGGCCGACGUGCUGGUGUGUCAGGGCGUGGACGCGGGUGGGCACCAGUUCACGCGGGGGGCGGGCGUCGUGAGUCUCGUGCCGGAGGUGCGCGCCAUGCUGGCCGCCGCCGCCGCCGAGGAGGAGGAGUUUCGAUGCCGUGGGGUGGCUGUCCUGGCGGCGGGGGGCAUCGCGGAUGAGCAGGGCGUGGCGGCUGCGCUGGCGCUUGGAGCAGAGGGUGUCGUGAUGGGCACGAGGUUCACCGUCGCCAAAGAGUCCGUCUACCCAGACUUUCGCAAGAAGAUUGUCCUCGAGACGGUCGACGGCGGAGCGACGACCUUCAAGUCGACGUUCAACGACCGCAUCAACAACAACCCGCUCUGGCGCCCCCCCUACGACGGCCGCGCCAUCAUGACGGCCAUCCACGAGCGGUUCCUGGCGGGCGCCUCGCUCGAGGACUGCCAGAGGAGCCUCAAGGAGGACUACGCGGCCGAGGACUCGGCUAAGCUCAUCGGCACGUGGGCCGGGACGGGCGUGGGGCUGGUCAAGACGGCGCAGGCGGCUGGCGAUAUCGUCAAGGAGGUGCGCGAGGGGGCCAAGGAGCAGAUCCGCAGACUGGCUGCUUCCCUAUAG